AUGUCACUAUCUUCUAAGCCAACACCUUCCGAAGAACAUGAGAAUGAAAACCUGAAUCCAAACCUCAGUGACUAUGAGCGGAAGAGAGCACAGAACAUUGUUCGAAACAACGAGAGACUGUUGAGCUUGGGCCUCAUUUCUUCGCUGGAGGCAACGCAAUCCAAUGCUGCCGCCUGGGGCUUGCAGGUUCCAGCAUGUAUCCGUAGCAGUGCAUCAUCAACAACUACGGAUAAUGAAAAAGAAUCCACAAAAUUAAAAAAGCGCAAAUCUAUCAAAGAGUCGCCGCUGCCACCUUCACGAAAAUCGGCCAGAUUGCAAGGAAAGCCAGCGGAAGAAAAUGUAAUGCUACCCAAUGAUGAUAAAGCAGAUAAUGAAUCCACCAAGGGUCUUUCUACGAAAGAACGCCGAUUGGCAAUCAUCCAAGAAUGUCGACAGGCCAGAUUGAAAGCGGCGGCAAGAGUCAUGGAGGAAGGCGAAGAAAGGGCAGCCAAGCAAAACCCCACGGCAACCUACGCGCACUGUUCAAUGAGAGUUCGAACCAUGACAGAAAAGGGUCUCAAGAACAGAGUCAAGACCAUUGAACGGGCUGCCGGAAAGCAUUGUGUGGUCAAAAUGGCGAUUUUCAAGAGCUGCCUCCAAGAUGAAGACGAGUGGGAUUUGGCCAACCUGGCCAGUGAAGCUUUGGAACGGCUCAAGGCAAUGCAGCCACCUCCAGUAGAGAGUUAA